AUGUCGCUCCUUCGUCUUACUGCCCGCAGAUCUGUCAACUCUGCUCUCUUUAACGGCACCCCCGGAUUCGCUAGGGUUCCUCUUCUUGCUCGCUCACUUGCUAGCAAUGCAGCACAGAAAGAUGAAAAGGAGGAGCUGAUGAAGCACGCCCCAGGCUGGAAGCACGAAAACGCCUCGGAGAGCGAAGCGAGCGUCAAGGCGGAUCGAGAGCCCCAUUCUCGAGAUGUCUCGCACAUGCAGGACGACACGGUCAAGCACCUGAAGCAGGGUGAAGAGGACUUUGUCGACCACAUCAAGGCCAAGGCUACCGAGACGGCACAGGGGUAUAUGGACAAGGCAAAGUCGAUGGGUUCUCAGGCUUCGGACCAAGGUGGGGAGUAUGUUGACAAGGCCAAGCAGGCUGGCCAACAGGCUAAGGAGGAGUACGGUGACAAGAACCAGAAGGCUAGUCAACAGGCCAGGGAGGUUGGUGACAAGACCAAGGCGAUGGGAUCCAAGUUGCCGGACCAGGCCAAGAAGGUUGGAGAGGAGGCCAAGUCGAUGGGAUCAAAGGUAUCAGAGUAUGGAGGGGAGUAUGUGGACCAGGCCAAAAAGGCCGGACAAAAGUACUUGAAGGAAGAAGAUUACGUUGUGCGGGCGAAGGACGGUGCGCAGAAGGUGAGCGACUUUGUCAAGAGCACAGUUGACUCUGCCAAGAAGGCAGUCGGGAUGGAGAGUAGCAGCAGCGGCAAUAACACCAAGCACUAA